AUGGGUGGACUCCAGGUGUAUCAUCUGCCCGUUAUCUCCACUCAGUGUGGGCGUACUCCAGGUACAUCAUCUGCCUGUAUAUCAACUCCAGUCAUAAAUGGGUGUACUCCAGGUAUAUCAUAUGCACGUAAAUCAACCCCAGUCAGUGAUAGGCGUACUCCAGCUACAUCAUCUGCCCGUAUAUCAUCUGCCUGUAUAUCAACUCCAGUCAUAUAUGGGCGUACUCCAAGUUCAUCAUCUACUCGUAAAUCAAUUCCAGUCAUAGAUGGGCGUACUCCAAGUACAUCAUCUGUGCGUAAACCAUCUCCACUCAGUGAUGGGCGUACUUCAGGUGCAUCAUCUGCCUGUAUAUCGAUUCCAGUCAUAAAUGGACGUACUCCAGGUACAUCAUCUGCCCGAAAAUCAACUCUAGUCAGUGAUGGGCGUACGCCAGGUACAUCAUCUUCCCAUAGAUCAUCUCUAGUCAGUGAUUGGCAUACUACAGGUACAUCAUCUGCCAGUAAACCAACUUCCGUCAGUGAUGGGCAUACUCCAGGUACAUCAUCUGAACGUAAAUCAACUCCAGUCAGUGAUGGUACAUCAUUUGCCCGUAAAUCAUUUAGACUAUGUGAUUUGCGUAUUCAAGGUACAUCAUCUGCCUGUAAAUCAACUCCAGUCAUGGAUGGGCGUACUCCUGGUACAUCAUCUGCGCGUAAAUCAUCUUUACUCAGUGAUGGGCAUAAUCCAGGAACAGCAUCUGCCUGUAAGUUAUCUCCACUCAGUGAUAGGCGUACUCCAGGUUCAUCAUCUGCCCGUCUAUCAACUCCAGUCUCCAUCAGUGAUGGGCGUAUUCCAAGUACAUCAUCUACUCGUAAAUCAAUUCCAGUCAUAGAUGGGCGUACUCCAAGUACAUCAUCUGUGCGUAAAUCAUCUCCACUCAGUGAUGGACGUACUUCAGGUGCAUCAUCUGCCUGUAUAUUGAUUCCAGUCAUAAAUGGGCGUACUCCAGUCAGUGAUGGGCGUACUCCAGGUACAUCAUCUGCCCGAAAAUCAACUCUAGUCAGUGAUGGGCGUACUCCAGGUAUAUCAUCUUCCCAUAGAUCAUCUUUAGUCAGUGAUUGGCGUACCACAGGUACUAGUACUCCAACAUCAUCUACCCGUUAA